UGGAAAAUUUGAGAACGACGUGCGCUACUAGUGUAACUAAUAACCCAUUUUAUUGACUGCAGCGCAAGCGGGCCCGCACAGUCAGCGAGUCGCCGAGCUCCGACAGCGACUCGGAUUCGUUGUGCGCUCAGAGUGAGCUGAAGGCAGCCACUGAAAAGGCGCAGAUGUGGAAGGCGAGGGCCGCCGAAUUUAAGGAGGAGCGCGAUUUCCUCAGGGAAAGAGUGGUUGCUCUCGAGAAAUGCCUCGAGAGCAAGAUUUUUCAGCGUAAGUGUGGCAUUUUGUUACUCACUGUGGCAAUUAUUUGGUCUCACUGAGAUGUGGUAGUGCACUGCUUACCCUUUCAUUACAUUUUUUUAUAGUGGAAGGCACACUUCCCCAGCAGCUUGGCUACAGCAGCAACAAAGGUUUCAUAUUUUAUUAUUACUUCUGAUAGAGUAAAUGUACAUAUAUGGCUAUUAUAGCCUUGAACUGUUACCAUGCGUACUUGGUGUGUGUGGUAAUUUUCUCUGUUAGUGGUGUUUAGAGCACAUACCGCGAUGUAGGGCAGUUGCUCCUUUAGAGAAGUGCUGAGCCCACAAAAAAUUUAUGCAUUUCAGCCCCGUCCAUGCUGAUGGCUAGUCAACCCCGUCAACCCCGUCCAGCUGUUGCCAUAGUCAACCCCCCCACUGAAGUGGAAAUGAGCAGCACUGGAGGAGGUUUGACCUUUUAUUACUUUUUUAUCCUACAUUUGUUGGUGCUAGCUGUAAACUCUAUAAUCACAAGUAUAAUAUUCUUUCUUUCUGUGGCUGAAAUUCACAGAAGCCUCGUUGUUUGGAACAUUUGUUCUCUUGCAAGGUGAUGCAUGCACAGCAUGACCUCGCUGUGCAUGCAUUCUUAACUCGUUAGCUCAUGAAGCAGAGCUGCAGCCAAAGUUGAGAAAUAUUGCUGCUGAGAGCACUGAUAACAUGUCUGAAAAUUGACACUUGAUUAUUACAUUUGGUUUUACUGCAGAAAGCUUGCUUGGUGCUGAGGAGUCUGCCUGCAGUGAGUCUCUUUUUCCUUCUCAUGCUGGCACAUUCAAAGGCCAGGUGAAUAAGAACCAAUUCUUUCAUGUGCCUUUCUACAUGAUGUUUGGCUCUCUGUUUAGGUUCCCAUGGAUCCUCAGCAGGUCCAACCUCGCACGAGCCAGUGAUGUCUGCACCACUAAGCCAAAGCAGCAGCAAUAUUGCGACAGCAGCUGCUGAUUUCACUUACUUGGACGAUGGCACUUUCCACCUUGCCAAGGGAGUCAUUGUGAGGGCGGAGGCAGCAUUUAAAAUCAUGAAAAACAUCAAACCAACACUUGUCGUUAAAGACACAGCGGAAGCGGUGUGGGGGAAAGAUGUCUUAUCCAAGAAGAGCGUCACAGGCGUGGUGGCGCCACGAAAGAAAUGCCUGGGUGAAGUGGCAAAAGAACCCUUGACGCCAGAGAAGGUGGCUGUUGUCACAGCCAUGCUGAAGCACUGGGGUGCUGAGAAGAAAAUCAGCGUGGAAACGACACUACAGAGCAUGGGUCGCCUGCUUUCGGAAAAAAUUCAAGAUGUGCUGAAGUUAAAGCGUCGGCUUCAGUUAUAAGAAAAAUAAAUGCUGGCAAGCUGGACAUUGUCUAUAUGUAUCUCUUGAUAUAUUGAAGCCUGUGGCUGGUUGGCCACAAGUUGCGGCCAGCCUGGCACUAACAGGCCUAUGUACUUAGUGGUCCCAGUACCUAGUGGUCCCAGUACCUAGUGGUCCCAGUACCUAGUGGUCCCAGUACCUAAUGGGAAUUGGCUAAUAAACCACUUGAACUGGGACCAGUGGA